UCUUAAGCCCACAAGUCUUUUCUGAUAGUUGAACUCCAUCGUAUCAAUGGCUUCUUCGUCGAAAUCCAGAGGGCCCUACAAAGUCUUCUUGAGUUUUAGAGGCAUGGACGUGCGUAAAACCUUCGUCGGCCAUCUCUACACGGCGUUAAUCCAGGGUGGAAUACGCACUUUUCGAGAUAGCGAGGAACUGUGGAAGGGAGAUAAAAUGUCGAUGCUCAUGCGGGCCAUCAAAGAAUCGCGCAUCGCGAUCAUCAUCUUCUCUGAGAAUUAUGCUUUCUCGUGGUGGUGCUUGGAAGAGUUGGCCAAGAUUAUGGAGUGCAAGGAGCAAAAGGACCUUACCGUUCUACCAAUGUUUUAUAAAGUAGACCCAAAAGAAGUGAGAAGGGGAAGAGCGAGUUAUGCGAGAGGCCUGGCUAAGCAUGAGUCUAAGCACGGAAAGGAUUCGAAGGAAAUGGAGAGAUGGAAGGAAGCUCUUUGGGAUGCCGGUAGCUUGUCCGGGUGGACUUUGAAUGAUGGAGAUGAUGAGUCAAAGGUCAUACAAGAAAUUGUGAAGGAUAUCUUAACUCGCCUAAGCCAAACACCUUUUGUUGUUGCCGAGCAUCCGGUUGGGAUAGAGUCCCGAGUGGCUGAAGUGAAAUCAAUGUUGAACCUUGAAUCUAAGGAUGAUGUUCUCAUGGUGGGAUUAUGGGGACAGGGAGGCAUCGGAAAGACAACUUUAGGGAGAGCCCUUUUUAAUGAUAUUUCCAAACAAUUUGACGGUUCAAGUUUUCUAGCAAAUGUUCGAGAAAAGUCAAAGGAUGGCAUGGAUUUAGUUGCUUUGCAAGAACAAUUACUCAAUGAUAUAUUGUUCCCGCCAACAAGAUUAGUGGUGUCCGAUGUUGCUAGAGGUAAAAGUUUAAUACCACUUAGACUCCGUGACAAAAGAGUUCUUGUCAUCCUUGAUGAUGUGGACGAUGUGGAGCAGUUAUGUGCUUUAGCAGGAAAAACCAAAUGGUUUGGUAGUGGGAGUAGGAUUCUCAUUACUACAAGAGACAGGCAUAUGCUGACUCCUACGAUAGAUCGAGAUCGUGUGUAUGUGCAUGAAGUUAAAGCACUGGAGGAUGGUGAAGCUCGUGCAUUGCUUAGUAAGCAUGCUUUUCUGACAUACGAAAAAUUAGAAAGCGAGGACAAAUCUCUUUGGAUGGUUUUCUGAAUCAUGCUAAAGGCCUACCUUUAGCACUUGAGGUGUUGGUUUCCUUAUUAUGUGGUACAACAGAAGAUGUGUGGGAAAGUAUACUAAAGAGACUUUCCACGACUCCUAACGAAAAAAUUAAUAAUGUGCUCAAAGUCAGUUAUGAUGGACUAGAGAAAAAUGAGCGAGAGAUCUUUCUCCAUGUUGCAUGCUUCUUUAAGGGGCGAGCAAGAGAGUAUACA